AUGAAUAAUAACCAAGAACAAAAUAUAGUUAUCUUUUAAUCAUAUUUUCAAGAUCCUUAAACUGGAAAAUUGAAAAAAUUCCUCAUUAGAAAUUGUGUUGGAACAGGAGCAGAAGGACAAGUAUUCCUUGCUUAACCACUUGAUCGAUAUUAUAAUGUAGAUUUAGUUGCAAUUAAAACAUAAUAAUUCAUAAAAAGGGAAGUCAGAGAAUUCUUUGAAAAGCUAUACUAAUAAUAAGAAUAGAUUAGACAAAAAAAUUCAAUGGAGAAAUCUCAAAUCAUUAAAAUUUAUGAAAUAGGUUAAAUUCAAGAAUAUUUUGCUGUAAUAAUGGAAGUUGGAGAGUAGGACUUAUAUAAGUAUUUAAAACAAAAUUAAAAUAUUGAUAUUAUAAAUAGAUAAAAAAUAUGCCUCCAGGUAUAUCGUAUAAAUAUUACUUUUUAGUUAGCUUAUGCUAUAAAAUAAUUACAUGAACUAAAGUAUAUUCACAGAGACAUUAAACCAGAGAAUUUUGUUGUCAUAAAAAAUGAAUUUAAAUUAAUCGAUUUUGGACUUACAAAACCAAUAAAUGAUUUGAUCUAAUAAACAAUGAAUCUUGGUUCAAGAAUAUUCUAAGCUCCUGAACUUCUAGAGGGAGAUGGGAAUUACACAUCUUCAAUAGAUAUUUGGGCUUUAGGAUGUACAUUUUAUGAGAUUUUAUCUAACUAAUAAUUAAUAAAUGGUAUUUUCUAUUAUUUAAGGUAGUUAAAACUGCAUUGGAUGCUUAAACUCUUAUAGUAAAUCAUAAAAAAGAUCAGAAUUAUAUUUAUAAUAAAAUUAAUUCAUUACAAAUUUCAUAAUAAUGGAAGGAUAUGAUGAAAGAGAUGUUUAGUCCUGAUGAAAGCUAAAGAAAAUCAGCUAAAUACAUAGUGAAGAAAAUUGAGUCUAUAUUAAAUCCAAAUUUUAAAAGCCUUUGCCAUUUUAUGGCCAAGCAUCCAGCUGAUAUUACUUAAUUUCAACCAGGGAAAUAAUAAGGUUUUCCUAAUGCUAAUAAUUUUCCUCCCCAAAUCAAUACUUUCUAAUAACUAUCUGCUUAAAAAGUUUAAUUGAUCACACCCCCAUAAAACCCGUAACAAAUAUUUUCUUAAAUUCCUCAAUAAAAAUUUAUAUUACCAAAUAAUUAAUUACCAAAUAAUUAAAAUAUUUUUAAUUAAGAUACAAAAGUUACUAAGAUUUAAAGCUAUAAUUUCUAAUAAUAGUAUUAGUAAUACCCAGAUUAAAUAUAAUCUGCCAAUUAGAAUAUAAUUAAUUAGAAAGAUGAAGAAAUUUAAGAAUAUAAAGACAAAAUUGUAGCGUUGGAAAAAAAUAUUCAAUAGAGUUAUGAUAGAAUUAGUGAACUUUAAACAAACUUAGAGAACUAAGCAAAUUAUAAUCGUAAAAUGGAAAAUUUAUUAAAAUAAUAUAAGGAUUAUUUUUAAUGCUAAUUUUAAGAAGCGAAUAAGUUGCUAGAGGACAAUAAGAAUACUUUAAAUUGUUUUUGA